UAACACAUACUACUACGUAUACGUAAUUAAGACUUACUAGUAACAAACAAAAAUGCAUAAUCUUCCACCAGGUUUUGUGUUUGAACCCACUUUUCCAGAAAUAUUAACAACUUUUCUUCCCCAAAGGUUAAUUUUCGGCCUCGAAUCCUUACUUGACUACCAAGGUAUCAUAUCAGAGAUCGAUCUUUAUGGAGACAAGACACCCGAAGACAUAUUCGAAAACUCAGAACAGAAAGAAUUCUACUUUUUUACGAAGUGUAAGGGUACCGGUAAAAGGAUGCAGAGAGAAAUCGCCGGAAAAGGAUGUUGGACGAGUAAAAGUACAACAGAUAAUUGCGUAGUGGAGAUCGAAGGGAAGGAGAGAAGAGUUGGGACAAAAAGACAGUUUAAAUUUCAAAAUUCAGAAAAUAAUCCAUGCAAAGAUUGUAGUAUUUCUUGGAUUAUGCAUGAGUAUUUAAUUGACAAAGAUUAUAUUAAAGACGUAGCCCUAAACUGCAACAAAUAUGAUAUAAACAACGAGGACAUUAUUGCAUUCUGCCAUGUUUACAAGAAAAAUGAGCCAAAAAAAGUAGUGAUGAAAAGGAAAAGUUUGCAAUUCCCAGAGGAGGGAAUUAACAAGAAGAUUUGCAUUGAGGCCAAACACGGAUUUCAAGAUGAUAAUAAUAAUAAGGAGAUUAAUUAUAAAGAGGGUGAUAAUGAUAAUAAUGAUAUUAAUUAUCAGUUCAUUACAACGACAUUGGAUAAUGUUGCUAGUCUUGAGUUCAACAACAACAACAACAACAACAACAACAACAAUGUUCAUAUUAAUAAUGUUGAUGAAGAUAUGGAUGAAACACUCAACAUGAUUGAUUUCUCGUCGGAAAUCGAUUGGGAUAUUAUCAUCAACAACAACAAUAUUAGUAUGAAUGAUGAUUCUAACUUCGAGAGAGUCUUAUCGAAUGAAGAAAAGAGGUACUUGAAUUAUGAUAAUGGGUUCAUUGGUGCUUGUUUUGAUGAGAACAACAACGACAACAACAACAACAACAACAACAACAACAACAAAGGUGAAGAUUGGAACAAAUUCAUAAACGAUGAUGCGCGGUUGCUACAGAAUUGAAUAGCUUGGAUUUAGCAUGUUCACUUUUUUUUUGUUUGUUACACUUAUUCAUUAAUACAAAGACAGUUUUGAAUAUACUUGAUACAAUUUAAUUGUGCAUUCUCUUUAAU